GGCUCACGGCUCACGGCUCAGGGCCUCAGAACUCCUCUCCUUUCCCUUCUCUCGAACCCUGUCCUCCUUGCUCUUCCUUCCCUGGCGGCGACGACUGGGUGAGCGGCGGCGCCAUCCCAGCCCUUUGCCGGCGACGAGCGCAUCCUCCAGUUACAAUAUUAGUACCUACUAACUUCGAUUUCGUUUGCAAAAAUUAUCGGGCGCGCCCCUGUAGCCGAAGGAGGUGGGCGAGAUGGGGUUCGUCGGCGACACGGUGGAGUCAAUCCGCUCCAUGCAGAUCCGCCAAGUGCUCAUGCAGAUCAUCAGCCUCGGUAUGAUUGUUACCUCAGCAUUGAUCAUAUGGAAGGGGUUGAUAGUUGUGACAGGAAGCGAGUCUCCAGUUGUAGUGGUUCUCUCUGGUAGCAUGGAGCCUGGAUUUAAAAGGGGUGAUAUCCUGUUUUUGCACAUGAGCAAAGAUCCUAUCCGCACAGGAGAAAUAGUUGUUUUCAAUGUUGAUGGCCGUGAGAUUCCAAUUGUUCACCGUGUGAUUAAGGUCCAUGAACGUCAGGAUACUGCAGAAGUGGAAAUCCUCACCAAAGGUGACAAUAACUUUGGGGAUGACCGAUUAUUAUAUGCACAUGGACAGCUUUGGCUCCAGCAGCACCACAUUAUGGGGCGAGCUGUGGGCUAUCUUCCAUAUGUUGGCUGGGUUACAAUUAUCAUGACUGAGAAACCGUUUAUUAAGUACCUGCUGAUUGGCGCGCUGGGCCUGCUGGUCAUAACAUCAAAAGAGUAAAGAAGUUAAGCUUCCGCGCCUUAUAGAUUUUGCUCUUGUGGCGCAACGGCAUAGAGCAAUGGCUUGCUGAAUAGUGUUAAGAGAAGCUGUUGUGUUCCACCAUGUAUCAAACGAGAAGAUAUCUUUGUCCGUUCUGCAGGUGCCGACCCUCUAAUUGGAUUAUCAGAUCUCAUGCAGCAUCCAUCUUUUGGUAGUUA